AUGAGCCGAAUUGUUCGAGACGCCCACACAGCUGGAGACUGCUGUGACGUUCGAGGCCAGUGAUCAUGUGAUUUUGGUCGGCAAGUUUGAACCAAGUUCCUGGAAAACAAAACUCGGGGAAAAAAAAUUAACACGCAGCGCGGGAAAUGUCUUCCGGUUAAUGUUCAAUUGGCUGGGGAUGUCAAAGAACUGGCAGAAAAAGCGAAAUUCGGGGUUGCGCACCUGAUUGAACAACUAUGGACGGCGUUCAGCUGCAGAAGUCUGACAUUUGCAAUGGCUGCAUAACCAAGAAGAGGGACGACUACCUGGAAUGGCCGGAGUACUUUAUGGCAGUGGCCUUUUUGUCAGCUCAGAGGAGUAAAGACCCGAGUUCACAGGUGGGGGCCUGUAUAGUGAACCAGGAGAAUAAGAUUGUUGGUAUUGGCUACAACGGAAUGCCUAAUGGUUGUGGUGAUGACCAAUUACCUUGGGCUCGGUCAGCAGAUGACCCUCUGGAGACUAAAUAUCUUUACGUGUGCCAUGCAGAGCUGAACGCCAUUAUGAACAAGAACAGUGCUGAUGUGAAGGGCUGCACCAUGUAUGUAGCACUGUUCCCCUGUAACGAGUGUGCUAAGCUCAUCAUCCAAGCAGGAAUUAAGGAGGUGGUCUAUCUUUCUGAUAAAUACCAUGACACACCAGAGAUGACUGCCUCAAGAAGACUACUCAACAUGGCAGGAAUACAGUUCAAGGAAUUCAAGCCGAAAAGGACAGAGAUUGUCAUUGAUUUUAAUUCCAUAAACCACCACCCAACAGCGCUGGACAACUCGACAAAGUGACCAUGUAAAUUUCUGAUCUUGGGCAGCCAAAAAGAUGUAACAUGAAAGAGAGACGGUGUGGCUUUUUUUUUUUUUUUAAAUGUUUUUAAUGAUUAUGAUUAUUUUUUUACAUUUUGAGCCCCGCAUCUUCACUGUUUUGUUUGACAAGGUAUGAAUUCCUUGCUAUUUCACACUGGUUGGCCUGGAAGAAAUAGCUGUUUUCUUCACAUUUUUCCUUGAAAAUGAAAUUGACAGGGACCUACAAGUCCAGAGGUUUUAAGUUUAAAGAUCCUUUAAAUUGCACAUGCUAUUUUUUAAGAUAUUUGUCUUUCUUUUAGUUAAAAAAAAAUUCCCAGGCAAAGGAAAAGUUUUGUUCCUUGACUUUUCCGUUUUUUGUCAUGGAAGCUGACAUCAAAUUGUCUGAUUUUAUAGCCAGGAGCCACUCUCAAUCAAUUUUGAACUCUCAUGCUGUCCUGUCAGUAUUGUGAAGACCCUUUGUCCAUAGUAAAAAAAAAAAAAUUAUGUCAGUAUGUUUUUUUUCUUGACACUACAAGACACUCAAGGAUUUGUUUUGCCAAAUGAAUCAUUGACAUUUUGAUUCCACUGAAAUUUUGACCCAUACGGCUCCUUUACUACUGUUACAGCUUUAGGACCGGUUUCUAGAAUGAGCUCUUGUAUUUUCAGCUAUCCCUUAGAAGCCUUUUUUCAUGUUUAGUUCCUGCAUUAUUAUUAUUUACAUAGAUAUUAUUAUAAUGAUGAUGACAUACUUAGAUAUAGUACUGAAAAACAUGCUAGGCACCAAAAAUAGUGAGUUGAAUUACUUAGUGGCACUAAGCAGGCCCAAAAAAUGGCAUGUAAAUUUGACACCGCACAGAGAAGAGUGACGUUAGCAAGCCUGCCAAAUUUGAAUGAUUUUUUAAAAUUAAAUGUGUCCUUAUAUAGUGGUGGAGGGAACUUGCGCUAGAAAGUAUACGUGUUUUUGCCCCGCCCACAAAAUCAGGAAAAUUAAAAUGGUAAAAAACAUGCUUAAGCUACUGUAUAUCUCAACAAUUCAGCACCAUAUUAUGUCUAUAUUUAAUAUAUUUAGAAACCAAACAUAUCUCAUUGGAUCCCCUUUAAAGCUUGGUUUAAACUGUGCUGUCAUGUUCUUAGUGUUUUCUUUUAUGUGGUGCUCUGAGCGGUGGUUUUGCAUGGUUAGUGCAAAAUUUGUUUUAUGGUGUCAAGUACAAUAUUUAAAAAUGUUACCGGGUGAUUUAUUACUAGUACAUUGUCUUGUACUAGUACUUGUUAAAGCUGUUUCUCCAACCUUACAUGUUUUGACAAUUGCCUAACAGCAGAUGGUAUUGUUUGAAUGUCUCUCUGUGUGCAUUAGUGCCUUUCUUUCUAAAGGUGUCUGCUGUUUUGUGCAGUUCAAUAAAACUAAAAGUACUCGUC